AUGGAAUCUGAAUCUUACACCAACCAAGAAUCGUUCUGGGAAGAGAGUAUUCGACACUGGGCGAGACGGCUCAAGAAUUAUCAAUACAGCUUUCCAUCAUGGGGCAAUUCUACAGGUUCCAAUGACUUUGAAUCCAAUCUCACACCGCCAGAAGAUGUGUCGGUCGAUGCCGUCGUGAGUUCGCUCUACUUCAACACUAUUGUGUUUAUCUGUCUGAUGGGUAGCUACGAGCUGUUGCGGCGACUGUUGCCGGCCGUCUACUCUUCCCGACAACGACAAUUGAAUACCAGAGGGUGGAGGAGUGGCUUAAGUAGCCGAGACGAUGAUGAAGCUGGAGGGUAUCUUCCAGAAGGAGAACCAGACGACGGUUCCUGUGCCGACUUGAAUCAAACAUCUUCCCUGAGUUCCUUACCAGACCAAAGACCGCUCGAUUGGAUUGGGCCCGUCUUUGGGAUUCCCUGGGAAAAAGUACGACAAAAAGCUGGACUUGAUGGUUACUUCUUUCUGAGAUAUAUUCGGAUGUGUGUGAGAAUCACAGCUGUAUCUAGUUUCUGGGCAUUCAUCCUUCUUGUACCACUCUAUGGAACUGGGGCAACUCAGGAAGGCGCUGAAGGGUGGUAUCAUAUCAGCAUUGCCAACAUUAGUAGACAUAGUUGGCGCAUGUGGGUUCCGCCAUUCUUUGCCUGCUUCUUUACUGGAUUCACAUUCUUUGUCAUGAAGCAGGAAUACAAACACUUUGUGCAGUUGCGAAUGGAAUUCUUGGCGAAAGGAGACACCCAUGUACACCCGCAACACCACUACAGUCUCAUGGUGGAGAAUAUCCCAAUAGAACUACGCAGUGAUCGAGCGUUGUUUGAAUACUUUGACAAACUGUUUCCAGGAAAGAUCCACUCUGCCAGUGUUGUACUCAAUCUACCGGAUUUGGAAGCAGUGUCGGCCCGGUGCCAUCGAGUUUGUGAGCGAUUGGAAAAGAGCAUUGCAUACUACGAGGCAUACGGAGAUCGACCGACCCAUUACGUGGGUGUCCCAAGAAUAACCGUUUUGGGUCUACAAUCCCCGCCGCUGAGCUGCUUCUGUUGCAAAUCAACCCGUCCGCUUCGAUUCGACGGAGACGACAUGGAAACGCUGCAACGGCCCCAGAGAGGGGCACAUGUGGACAGCAUUAGUUAUUACAUUCAAGAUAUGGCCGCAACAAGCAGAGCCCUCAUCAAAAUGCAGAAGCGGAAAUCACGAAUUGCUCAAACUGGAAAUCGGGAAAAGAACCCACGCAAUUGGAUCGACAAAGUCAUGGAAGUGGCCUCAGAAUAUGCCAAGCAAAUCAUGGAGGACUCGGAAAUGGAGAAUGCACUACAAUCAAAGUACACUCCCACUCGCAGAGGAACCGCUAUCCCGCAGGUUGAGCAGAUGAGCAUUCACGGAUACGGGAGUUUUGGUUACCAACGGCAACCAGUCUCUACUCCUCCUCAAGGGGAUCACUGUGAUGUGGAAUGGAAUGUGCCGUAUGAUACGGAUCGAAGAAGUCAUCUGUUGUCACCGGAAGAUGCAUUCUAUCGGCAACACAGUGAGGCUUCCCUUGGUGGUGAUGGUGGUGCCAGAAGACGGCCAAGUUCUAUCCGCCAGUUCCCUGCCCCGGGGGCAGAAGAUCACCACAGAACAACCAUCCGCAAAGUACUUGGGCGACUAGGCCUCGAUUUUAUUGUGUCCGGGGUUUCUUUCAUUAACAGGCAACUAGAUAUCACUGUGGAAGGCGUGGUUGGGACCACCAUGUCGUCUACUGGGUUUGUUACAUUCCUUGAUUUGACCUCAGUCACUUGCGCGGCCAGCGCUCCUUUGACGCAUAAACCGGGAAUGCUGAAUAUAUCUGUUGCUCCGGAUCCAAAGGAGAUUCGAUGGCGAAAUGCACAUGCUCCCCAGCGAGACUGCGAACGACGAGAAGUGAUUGUGAACUUCCUACUGUUUCUGGGAGUUAUUCUGUGGUCUUUCCCUUUGGCAGCUAUCCAGGCGUUUGCAAAGGCCAGUUUCAUUGCACAAAUCCCUGGAAUGGAGUGGAUUCUUACCUUUCAAGGUGGAGCUCUUACUGCUUUUGUCAAUGGUUACCUUCCUGUUUUGGCUUUGCUUGGCAUCAUUCUGAUUCUGCCUGUGAUUUUCGAAGCAAUUGCUGUAACCUAUGAGCGGCGCAAGACGUUUUCUGAGAUUCAACGCAGCAUCCUGAAGCGGUACUUCUACUACCAGCUGGCAAAUAUUUACAUCACAGUCACUGCUGGUUCUUUGUGGAAGUCCCUUGGCGAUAUCAUCGAUCAUCCAUCCAAUGUGCUGCAGCUGCUUGGGCAGUCACUUCCAACCAUGGUUGGCUACUUUGUAGCACUUCUCGUGACGAAGAUUCUAGCAGGGUUGCCAAUGAUCUUUCUUCGGUUCGGUGCUCUGAGUCGGAUGCUUCUCCUGAAGUCACUCUCUGCAGAGAAUAAGCUCACUCAAAGAGAACUGGAUGCUAUCUACAGGCAAGAGAACGUCCAGUACGGCUGGGAAUUCCCGAGCCAGCUCUUGGUGAUCGUCAUUGUAUUCACAUAUGCAACGCUGUGUCCGGUGAUCUUGCCUGUGGGGAUGCUCUAUUUCAUGGGCUCUCUCAUUGUGUACAAGAAGCAAGUGUUAUACGUGUAUACGCCCAUCUACGAAUCUGGUGGAACUCUGUUUUCCGACGCCGUACAGCGCACUCUGUUUGGUCUCGUCUGUGGCCAAUUGACUUUGAUCGGGUAUUUCUUGACACGGGGAAUCCGGUAUCAGGCUCUGUUCCUUCUGCCUCUUCCCGUUUGCACGGUGUAUGGAAUGCAGUAUUUCAAGCAGCACUACGCGGAUCCAAGCAUGCUCCUAAGCAUGGAACGAGCCAGAGAAUACGACAGGGUAUCCGAGUAUCACGACGACGACGAGACUCCUCCCCGAGGUGGUGGUUUGGGAUCGCCGAGAAAUGGAAUUGAGAGUCGAAGAAGAAAUUUUGACAGCUUCGCGUAUAAGCAGCCUGUUUUGACGGAGCGAGUUAUAGAACCAUUACCCUACAGACGGGGCAAGAACGACGAGAUGACGUUGGAAGCUAGGGAACUUCUUGGUCGAAUCAGGGGGCUUGCUGCUGAAGAAUCUGACCCAAGCCACAACGCCGAACACUCCCCGGCUCGUGACAUUGGGAAAACUAGCCAAAGUCCUGACCCCAACUCUGGGUAA